UACUGGGGAAGAAUUGAAAUGAGCGCGUGUUACUACCGCGGUAAAGUACAGUUUACACCGUUGCAGGUGUACACGUCAUCUGUUAAUAUGAAACGGCUCUCAGACUCAACCGUCGUCAUUUAAAUCAGUUUUAAACCGUCCUUCUCACUGUCAGGGUAACUAGCUUAACGUCCUAUCCUAUCAUGUGGGUUUUCGGUUACGGGUCUCUUAUAUGGAAAGUGGACUUUCCUUAUGAGGAAAAAAGAGUCGGCUACGUAAAAGGCUUCAGCCGCCGGUUUUGGCAGGGCAGCACCGACCACCGGGGUGUACCUGGUAAGCCGGGCCGGGUGGUGACACUGGUGGAGGAUCCUGAGGGGUGCGUUUGGGGCGUUGGUUACAAGCUGCCGACGGGCCGGGAGCAGGAAGUGAAGCGUUACCUCGACUACCGAGAAAAAGGUGGUUAUCAGGUCAUCACGGUGAACUUUCACCCCCGUCCACCACUGUCCCCCCCGCCCGGCCAGAUGCUGCUCUACAUCGGCUCUCAGGACAAUCCAGACUACCUCGGCCCCGCCCCUCUGGAGGAGAUAGCCAAUCAGAUCGUCGACUCUACCGGUCCAAGUGGGCAAAACACGGAGUACCUGUUUGAGCUGGCUGAUGCUGUGAGGACAAUCCUGCCUGAGGACUCAGACACACAUCUGUUUUCUCUGGAAACUUUAGUGAGAGAAAGAAUACACACUCAAACGGAUUAAUUAAAUAACUAAUAGAACUUGAUCAAUGAUGGAUUUAUCAAAUAGUCUCAGGGUUUAAGGUAAGCAUGGACAAUGUUGAUGAAGUCUGUUACAAGUGUCACACUACAAGUUAAUGUCACCAUUUUGUCUCAUGCAGGAAAAAACAUUAAAAAUAUUGUGUAUUGAAAGCUGCUUAAAAAAAAACCAAAAAAAGUAAAAUACAUAAUGGUACUGUAAUUCAAACAAACAAAAUAUGCUUUGGAUAAACUUGUCAAUUUACUCUCUGUACAAUAUAGAACAGAGCAAAUGAACGUUUUGAAUUAUAAAUAUAUGCUGAGUGAGUAUACUGUACAUUCACUUAUACAUUUGGUCUGUUUUUAUGAAUUUUAAAACAUAAAAACCAUCUUGUGAUGUAUGUGUGCACUGCUGGGUGAAACAUUUGGGCCAAUACAACGAACCCAGAACUUUCCAAAGUUCCAGAUGAUCCUGCUUUGGUAAAUAUAUCCUCGAUCUCUCGUUGUAAUAUGAUCGUCAUCACACUACUGUAAUCACAUUCCACGCAGUGUACAGCCACACAAGUAUACCUCGUUAAUUCUGGAUUGUACUUAACAGCUACGCUUCUUCUCAUGCUGCCAGCGUACGUCUCAGCACAGUGAACAUGUCAAAGACAACGGCACUGCAUGCAUGGGCGACAGCUCUAUCUCUGACCCUGUCUUACUUCAACACACACACACACACACACACACACAGUUACCAGUGUUUAUUGGCUGUGGUUCGUAGCAGCAUCUGUACAACAUAACAACAAAAAACUGUCAGCUACGUUUGAUCUCUGUGCAGAACAGAGUCUGCUCUGGACAUUGAUGUGAUAUGAAUGUAUGGAGAUGAACUGCAGGUUUUUCACACGAUCAGUGGACCCUGGCACACACAGCAUGAAACACUCGUUCUUCCUCUCUAAAAUAAAAUACAUCUCCUUUUACAAAUGAUGCAGUGUAUUUAUUCAACAGGAAACAAUUCUCAGUGUUGAGCUAUUGUAUAAUACAACACAGCAGCCUGUAUAGGAAU